UCAGCACUCUGCAGCCGGGAAGAGACGCCUCGUGUGGCUGAAGUAAACAACUCCCUCUGCCUCCCCCACCACCGGGAGGAGAAGCCCAAGCGAAGCCGGAGAAAGUUAGAGCAGCCACGAGCGCCCGCUCUGGACGGGCAGCUGAGCCCCCCUCCCAUUCCGACCCCCCCCCCCCGCUUCAGUUCUCCCCGCAGCGUCUCUUUUGGUCAUUGAGAGCCGAAAGGUGUCCUCGCAAGCGCCCCAUCGGAGGCGAAGGGGAAGCCACGGCUGCCAUGAAACCCAGCGGGGAACCAGAGUCGGUCGCGGGCGGUGCGGACGACCCCUGGAAGGAGUGCGUGGAGGUGGCGGUGCAGCUGGCGCUGCGGGCGGGACAGAUUAUUCGGAAAGCUCUCACUGAGGAAAAGCAGGUGUCGACCAAAACAUCUGCAGCAGAUCUUGUGACAGAAACUGAUCAUUUAGUGGAAAAUUUAAUUGUUUCUGCUCUGAAAGAAAAGUUUCCCUCUCACAGGUUUAUUGCGGAAGAAGCUACUGCUGCUGGUUCAAAGUGUAUACUCAAUGACAGUCCUACCUGGAUUAUUGAUCCUGUUGAUGGCACCUGCAAUUUUGUACAUAGGUUUCCAACUGUGGCCGUUAGCAUUGGAUUUGCUGUUAACCAAGAGCUUGAAUUUGGUGUAAUUUAUCACUGCACUGAAGAACGAUUAUACACUGGUAGAAGAGGUCAAGGGGCAUAUUGUAAUGACAAAAGGCUUCAGGUAUCAAAAGUGACAGAUAUUUCAAAGGCCUUGAUUUUAACUGAGAUUGGUCCAAAACGAGACCCUGACACUUUGAAACUGUUUCUCAGUAACAUGGAGCGAUUGCUCAAGGCUCAAGCUCACGGGGUCCGUGUAAUUGGAAGCUCUACCUUGGCACUCUGUCAUCUAGCAUCUGGUGCUGCAGAUGCAUAUUACCAGUUUGGCUUGCACUGCUGGGAUUUGGCAGCAGCAACUGUUAUUAUCAGAGAGGCAGGUGGUGUGGUAAUGGAUACUUCAGGUGGACCUCUAGACCUUAUGUCAUGUCGUGUCGUUGCAGCAGGUACCCAGGAAAUGGCCACAUUCAUAGCUCAGGAAAUACAGACUAUUCACUAUAGACGAGAUGAUGAGAAUUGAACAGACUUAAGUAUUUCUGAAAAUUACACAAAACCGGCCCUUUUGAAACUACUUCUGUUCCUUCAAGAUGGACUAUUUAUAGGAUAAAUGGUUUAGGUGUGUGUGUGUGUGUUUGUACAGUCUAUAUAACAAAGGUAUUAUGAAACGGUUUUACUUGUAUUAUAGGAAGGUGAAGGGAAACUUUUUAAUUUUUGUAAGCUUCUUGGUCCAUUUUUAAUGAGAAUUUAUUUCAGCUAUGCUUUUUAAUGUCACAGGCAUCCCAGAGUGAGUGUGUUUCUUGCCUCUUUGAGACUGAAACAGGGGGGCAUUUUUUGUUACCACAUGCAACUAGAACAAAACUUUAUUUAUACAGAUCUCAGGUAAAUUGGGUUUUUUCCCCCACAGCAAGGGAUGAGAAAUUUUAAAAUGUGUGCCUAAAGUACCCUCCUCCAACCGAGAAAAAAUGUUGUUACUCUUUUUCUAAAUUUUGAAGUACGUACAUUGAAUACAACUUCAGAUACUUACAUUCAUUUAUAUGGUACACACAAGUGUGGUAAUGGUACAUAUCCUUGAAUGGCAUAUUAUUCUGUGAGUAGUAAUGCAAAUUUAUACUAUUAGUGCUGAUCAGAUGAAAAGCUGUAUUUUUCUAGCAUUCAAAAUUAUUUAGCUUGUUUCAAGCAGCAGAACAUAAUCUUAGCAGAGUUUUUAGAAAUGACCUGAAAGAUUUGAGAGGACACUAUGAUACAGGCGUGUGAUGGCUUUAGCUAAUUAGCAGUUAGCAUAAAGCUAGCUUGGUAUGUAGUAUAUCAUCCGAUGUCAUCAGCUAAAGAGUGCAAUAGCUAUUCUGGUCACUGCCGUACUUGAGGCAUUACUGUGGGAGGAAGGAAUUCUAUGAGGGUAUAUUGAAUGCAAGGAGAGACUUGCACUGCUGAGUGCUAGUAUUAUCUGAGUAAUUUUUUGUGGCUCACACAAUGGCAGAUGUAUUCAAAGUACUGAAAGGAGACAUCCAACCAAUAUACUGAAAAUGGUGGCACAAUGUUCUUCUGGCAGCUGCACCCAUUCAGUUGUAGUGAGAACCAUGGGAUCAAAUCCUUGAGUAGAAAAAGUGCACAUCCCUGGGAAUACAUGGGGUGCCGCAACCAGUGGCGCCCCACCCAGGGACAGCAUGUGCCCGUCCUGGGAAGUGCGGGAGGAACUGAGGAUGGCGCCACCCCACCCAGGGAUGGCACGAUCAGGGGUCCCCAAACACUUGCUGGCAAGGAAUUAUUUCCCCUGCUGAUGGAGCCUCACUGGUCUAGAGCGGCUGGGGUUUCUGCCGCUCUUGCGUCACGACUCUGCCGGCAGGGGAAAUAAUCAAUGGAGCCUGCCACAUGACACAAUAACCAAUGGUUGUGCAGAAAAACAACUCUCUGUUGGUUAUUUUUUGGAAAUAACCAGCUAUGGCAUGGUUUUUGCCCAACAGACAACACAAUAGUCAAUGAGGGACUAUUUAAGCAAUGGUUAUUAAGUAGUCUACUGUUGACUAAUGUGUCAUCCGAACUGAGCCAUUGUCUAAGAAAGGUUUGUGAAGGUAAGGGCAGCGUUCUCCGGCCUGCUCCUACUGGAUUUAGCAUGGGCCAAGACAAAGACGCCAGAAGCUCACCAAGUGAGGUAUAAGACUUUAAUCAGACUAAGGGUAGGGUUAAUACAUGGGGAGAACAACUAAAAGAUUAGCAUCCAAGCAUGCAUAACACAGAACCCAGUAAUGGUUUAAAACAAUAAAACUUAACGGUGCUUAAUACUCACACCCGGCCUGGCCUUCCCAUCAUAGUUCUUACUUUCCUCCUUGAGAGAAGCUGGCACACCAGGCAUUUGGGGAGGGUCCCAUCUCAUACCCUUUCUUCCCUGCUCAGUCCCUCCUCCCUUCUGGGGCUUUGUUCUUUGCCUCCUCUUCGCACCUCUCUCUGCCCGGGUGAUCACUCAAGGCUAUUUGGCAGAUAAGGUCCUGCGUCCUGGCGCCAAGCCCAGCUAUCUGUCUCUCUCCCAUCUCCAGGUGUCGACCAAGGCCAAUUGUCUUAACUUUUAGUACAUCAUAAAAACUAGCUAAAAUCCUCCCUUCCCCACUACAUCACCCAUGUGUCUUCUAUCCAACGCGGUCUACCCACUUUCCCUUACAAGGUUUACCUCCUCUGCUCUUUGUGAGAGCUGGGCCAUAGAACUGACAUAAAAUUGUAGUUCUCCACUUUAGCAAUGUAAUCCUGAUGAUUUUUAGUAUUCUAUGCAGAUACUAGACAUAACUCCUGAUUUACACAGUCUGCUUUUCAUGAACAUUCCCCAAUCCUAAAGACACUGGAGGUAAGUGCCAUUCAAACUAAUGAUACCUUUAAGUAAAUGUAUUCUGCUCAGGAUUGGGAUUUAAGACUGAGCCAGUUGCCCCAAUAUGUAAAUCUCGGGCUAGAAAUUUCCUUUUACUUUUCUCCCAAAAAAAUAUAAACCCUCCCUUUGCUAAGCAGAUAAAAGUAUUUUCUGAGGAUUUUUUUCCUAGCUGUGUCUUCAGUGGAGAAAAAGGAGGGUACAAAGAAUAUGAAUAAGUUAAUUCUGUAUGUUGCUUUGGGAAUGCCAAUGUAUGAGUUGAAAAAGCGGCAUGCAAAUGUUAUAAACUAAUACCUUAAAUGAAGGGUUUUUAAUGAUACGGCACCCCUGCAGCGUGUUAACCUUGCUGCUAUCGUGUUUUUGUUUAUGGUGAUGUCUUUGAAGGUACUGCUUGUGUCAUAUAGCUCCAGCUUGGGAGCUAAGCCUCCUUGGAAAUAAUCAUUUUAUUUUGUGAAGUGGUUCACUAAAAUUUGGCCAUAAAAUGGGAGGAUUGUCAUUUAUUAUUAAUUGCAUUACAAAAAUAACCAGGUGCCUGUGAGUCGCUCCCUCAGUCCUAUUCCACAUAGAAAUGGCAAUGAAUGUGUUGUCUGUGUGAAAUACCUCAUUUUCCCAAGUACAAAGAGUUGUGACUUGAGUGCUGGGAAAAUCUGGUAUCUCUAGCAGAAGUGAAAUCUUGAUGAAUGUCCACAACAAGAAAGCAUUUAAGCCAGUUAUGCAGAAAGGCCCUAAGAGUGCAGAUUCAACAAACUGAAAUGAUUUUCAUAUGUUGAUGACCUCGUUGGUUUCAAAAUGAGUCACACUUUUGAUUUCAGUGUAGUCUCUUGUGUUUUAGCAAGGUGGGAGGGGACAAACUUUAAACCUAAUUGUCCCAGUGCUUAAAUACUCAUGCUAUACUUGAACACUGGUCCUAGUAACUUACUUUCUGGCUCAAAAUACUGCCAGCUCCUCUGCUGACUGAUGCUUCUGUUCAUUUGCCAGGUAUGGGGCAGUGGGGGGAAACACCAACAGAUUAUAUCCAUUCUCAUGAAUGCAACCUUUAUGACUGAAAGAUCUAUUGCUGCCUAAUUUCUUCCCAUUCUGUGGUCAUUUAGAUGCAGGGACCUUAGUUAAGAAGGAAUAUGUUGGCUGUGGCAGCUAGAACAUGUAAAAGUUCUAAAACAACAAACUGAUGUGCCAAUAAACCAUUAGGAAACAGCCAUAAACCAUGAUGAUACACUGCCAUUGCACAAAUAUUUAAAGUUGAGAAUUUGUGUAUUUUUUAAUCACUGUUGAUGUAAUAAUACUUACUUAUAUAGCACUUCAGAAUGUUCAAAGCACUUCCUCAUACAUCAUUUGUACAUGUUGCAACAACCUACUAAAGUCAAAGUUGUCCUUAUAUUCCAGAUUGGGAGGUGGGGGUGCUGAAGCCGAGAGAGUAUGACUUGCCUAAAGGCAACAAGUGAAUUCAUGGCAGAUGCAAGAUUCAAAAAGGAUUUUCCUGAUUUGUAGCUCAAUAUCUUAAGGUCAAACUGCGUGUUUUUUUAAGUUUGCAAUCUUAUAUGUAGUACUUAGGAAUAGAGGCCAAACCAGACAUUCUGUAAAUCUACAGCUCACAGCUGUGAUCUGGUUUUAUUUAAACCUACUAGCUACAAGAAGUAUCCUCAGUUGAGGAAUUAGUUCCUUCAAUUUUGUGAGCUUUGGCCAUUUGCUGCCACCUGAAAUAGUUUCUAACUUACCUUUGGUUCCCAAGUGCAGGGACAAAUAAAAAGGGAUAAUUUGCUGUCAUUGCUUUUGAACUUUCAUGGGACAUCUGGUCUGCCACAGUUUAAGGCAGAGUGCUGGACUAUAGCUACAAAACAAAAUAGGCCAGCUAAAUAAAUGUAAGUGUCCAACCUGCAGCUAGCUAUAUAAUCAGAAAACUGCUCUGGCAGUUUGUGACAGCCACAGCAAAGUGCUUGUACUUAUUUUGUUUUCACUCACAACUAAAAAUGAUAAUUUCUGUAAUAUUGAUCAAGUUAGGGACGUAGGAAGCUGCCUUAUACUGAGUCAGACCAUUGGUCAAUCUAGCCCAGUAUGACAGUUUCAGGCAGGGUUCUUUCCUUGCUCUACCAAAACAGGGCAGAUCAUUUUUUUAAAUGGUCCAACCUGUGCAGCAAACAAGAAAUGCAACAUAGUCUGGACAUUUACUUAGAAGCAAGUUUUACUGAGUUCAGCUGGAUAUUCCAGUUACCUUAAAUGUGUUGGGAUGUUGAAGAUACUAAUCUCCAAGGAUACCCGUUCUGGCAAGUCUAUAAGACUACGUCUUACUCUCCACAUCAUUUGGAUUACGUGUGGCCACACUGUAUUUUAGUGAUUGCAUCCAAUAUUUAUUUAUCCCUUAUGUUUGCAACUUAACAGUGCUAAACUAUUAAUACUACAUGUAAAACAGUUUAUCUUUGCGGAAAUUUGUUUUAUUCCCCCAAAACAUUAUGCAUACAGAUCUGAAAUGACUUGACUUGUUAGCAGGUGUGUUAUUCAACGGAAAGCUUACAAGUGUAACCCUGAACACAGUUGUUUUCUAAUGUCACUUACUUUAAUAGAGGUCUUGUCUACAUCAUGUUUUUGUUUAUGGUUAUCAGCGUCUUUCAAGUAUUCAUUAGGACUUUAAUUUGUGAAGUACUGUGAAAAACUUCAGCCUUAGAAUGUACUGAGGCUUUUGUUCUCUUUGUAAAGUAUUCACUGUUAAAAUGAAAACUGGGAGGUCCCCAACCAUGAUGUGCAUACUGUGGCUGGAUCCCAGCCACAGUAUGGGUACUGAUGUAUAUAACUUUGAGCAGGAAGACUACUGAAGACCACUUGCCAUGUUUUGUUUAGAUGUAUAGUCUUUUCUUCUGACACAAGCACAGAAGAAACAGGUUCUUCGUAUUUACAGCAGAAGCCAGCUGAUGAUAGCACUGAAUGGCUGGAAACUGGUUACAUUACUGGCUCUCCUCCCUGACCCAGAGUGUGUGUAUGUGCUUUAAUAUUCUAAUUUUUAGGAAGAGGGGGAGAAUGUGCAUUUAAUUGAAUCAAUGCUCAUGUUGCACAUUUUUAAAAAGUGAAUAGCUGGACUUAAGUACGUAUGUGGUCGGGGGAAGAUUCAAAAAGUUUACCAAACAAGUAUUCUAUUUCUUGGCCAAUACAUCUGUCAAAUGUAUUCUGAAGUUGUAGAGUAGGGCACCUGGACUUGAGCUGUAAAAGAAAGUUACAAUGAAUUCUGAUUUUGUAUCUAUUUCCAGAGGAUAGCCAUGUUAGUCUAUUGCAGCCAAAACAACAAAGUGUCUCAUAGCACCUUAAAAUGCUAACAAAUAUAUUCUGGCAUAAGCUUUCAUGAACUAAAGCCCAUUUCCUCAGAUGCAUGGAGUUGUUAGAGUGAGUUUCAGAUUUACAUAUAAGACAUAUAUUGGUGGUGAUGGAGAGAAAUGUAAACAAUGAAAGAAGGAAAUUAAAUGCUGAAAGUACUGACAAGUGACAUAAACUUUAAACAGUGGUCAGUCAUAUUACAAUUGCAAUGCAGUGUGUAAAAAGGGGAAUAUCUUUUUAAUGCAAGGAUGACUGUCAUUGAUCAAGUGUUCUAGUUAGGUUGAGAUAUUAUUAUUGCACACCUGUAUCUGUUGUUUGAUAAGGUAUUCUGGCAAACUCUUGCAAAUCAGUGUUAUCCUCUGUGGGAAUCAGCCAUUUGUUUUCUCAGUGGAGAUGGAAAUGAUAACAUUUUACUGUCUAAUACUUUGAGUAUUUACAACAUCAUGUUAUAUAGUACAGGGGAUGGGAAUGUGGGAAUUCAGUACUAGUCAAUUUCUCUGUCAGUGAAUUUAACAUGCCUUGAUGAAUCUUUUAAUUACUGGUCAAGCUUAUGCUCAGUUGGUUGGGUCUGUGGGAAAGGUAAUAAUUACACUGAUUUCCAGUCUUUCCACUGAAUA